GUCGUAUUUCCCUAUAAUAUAAUAUGUAUUUGACGUUAUCGUCCACCAUCCCGACUUCGCAAUCCGCUUAAAUUUACUGCCACCAGGUUUUUCGAGUUCCGUAAAUCGGUUAAGACUUGCCGUCUGAAUCCCCCAACGUUGAGAAAAUGAAAUCCGGUAAUGAUAGCACUGCCUAUUGGAGCAACCACCUGCCUUAAAAAAUUCCGGAAAUAACACCAAUGGGGAGUAAUUGCCGUAGAAAAUCGCGGGAAUAGCCAUUAGGAAAACUUUAGAUAGCCACUUACCAUGCAGCAAUAUCCACUUUCCGUAUACUGAACCUUGUUAGGGACCGCCGAACGGAGGUUAAUAAGUAGGUGAUGGGUACGAGUUCGGUCUUGUAAAAGUUCUCCUAUCCUAUUCUCACCGCCGUUAGUUGUGUUGAUGUAAUCGAUUCGUGAUAUCGUGGCAAUGAAUGACAGUGAGAAACCACCGACAGUAACAUCAAAAGAUCAUCAUGAUGAGACACGAGAUCGCCCUUCUAAAGAAGAGGAAUUAACAUCCCAGACGCUUCGCCAAAGUAGAGAUCAUACCCAAUCAGGAGACACAGACGAUGACGAGGACAUUCCCGGUUCUGAGGAUGGUGCCGAAGAAGAAGACGAACCUCGAGACCUCGAAACGCUCUCGCGAGUGUCUAGCGGUCCACCCUAUAGCGUCUUUUCGCCCUCCAUGAUACGAUGGAUAGUCUUCAUGAAUUGUAUCUCGGCUUUCAUAUCGCCCAUUACGGCGAACAUCUAUUUUCCGGCCAUCCCAGCACUAUCGCAAGACCUCGGUGUCACCGUUGCGCAGAUCAAUUUGACGUUGACGACUUAUAUGAUCUUUCAGGGUCUGGCGCCUACUUUCUUCGGCGAUUUUGCCGACGUCGCCGGAAGACGGCCGGCCUUCAUUAUUGCUUUCACCAUUUACCUUGGCGCCAACAUUGGUUUGGCCCUGCAGCGGAAUUACGCUGCGUUGCUUGUCCUCCGGAUGCUGCAGAGUAGUGGGAGUAGCGGUACGCUCGCCCUCGUUUAUGCGGUGGUUGCGGAUAUUGCCCCAACCUCCGAACGGGGAAAAUAUAUGGGCAUCGUCGGGGCAGGUUUAACGAUAGGACCUGCCCUCGGUCCAAUUAUUGGCGGGUUGCUAUCCCAAUACCUUGGAUGGUCAGCUAUAUUCUGGUUCUUAUGCAUUCUUGCCGUUGUAUGGAUGGUUCCCUACGUAUUGGCGGUCCCGGAGACGGGGAGAAAGGUCGUAGGGAACGGAUCUAUUCCACCACAGGGUUGGAAUAUGACACUUCUUGAUUAUAUCCGAUUCAGACGCGAGGCCCGAAACCAGCCAACCAGCCAGGUGAAACAGAAGCUCCGGCUCCCCAACCCGUUCAACACUCUUGCUGUUGUAGGUAAUAAGGAUAUGGCCAUGAUCUUGUUCUAUAACGCUUCUCUCUAUAUAGGCUUCAUGAUCGUCACGUCCACUCUCGCUUCUCAGUUUGCCGAUAUUUACCACUACAACGACAUCCAGUUAGGGUUGUGUUAUCUGCCGAUUGGUGGAGCAACCACAGUUUCGUCAAUUUGCAAUGGUUAUAUGAUAGACUGGAAUUUCCGACGUAUAGCUAAAAAGUUAGGCGUCAGCAUUGACCGGAAACGUGGAAACGAUCUUAAAGGAUUUCCCAUCGAGAAAGCCCGUCUCCAACUGGUUUACCCGCUAGUUAUUAUCGGAGCUUUAGUAUAUAUCGGCUUCGGCUGGGCGUUGCAUUACGAAGUCCAUGUAGCUGUUCCUCUCGUACUAUCCUUCUUUAUCGGGAUAUGUGUCACCGGACCUUUCCAGAUCAUCAACGUUUUGAUUGUUGAUCUUUACCCCGGAGCCCCGGCGACGGCGACUGCUGCGAACAACCUGUGCCGAUGCUUGUCUGGUGCCGUAGCAACGGCAGUAAUACAAUACAUAAUCGACGCCUGGGGAAGAGGAUGGGCUUACACGUUUAUCGCCCUUAUAUUUACAUCCUUCUCUCCUGCUCUUUGGGUUAUUCAGAACUACGGGCCUAAGUGGAGAGAAGAACGCGUAGAGAGGAUGAGGCAAGCCGUAGAGAAAAAGGAGAUAGAAGCUAAAGAAAAGGAAAACGUUGUAGCUGGGCAGAAUAAUGGUAUCCUUGUAGAGUCCCAACCUUCGUCCGGUUGAUCCUUGUUGACAUUAUCCACGAUAGACUAUGAACUUCUAUAGAAGAGCAUAGGUUCAAAACUCAUACGGACCAUAUUCGUGGUGGGAUCCUAAUUUAGAAUAAUAUAAAACUUCUUCAAAA